AUUUUUUCUUGCAAAAGGCUCCUCUUCCAUGCCUCCCAAUCUCUUGUGAACGAAAGACGUCCUUGAAGGUAAUCAUUAAGCAUGGCGGCUGCGUUGCACUGUCCUUCGAGACCCAAAACCGUGGACGAGAUCACAUCUCGGCUAGGCGAUUCCACAUGCGACGAGAAGGAAAAGUCGGCGCUGCGUGCUUUGAUCUCGCAGAUGGUCGGCCGAUUUUGUGAUAAGGGCCGUCCAAGUUACUAUAUUGAAGCGUCACGUUUGUCACGAGCCACGACUCAGAGACAAUACCACCACUUGGCACAAGUCUUCUCGUGCGCGAUCGUGGACAACGCCGGAAAGGGUAACGCACCUGACGGGGAUCUUCUCCCUAGCUUCGUAUUUCUCCUUUGCAACAAGUCGGAAGGUUACUCGCGCGAUGGGCUUUAUGCGACAGUUGAUGCAUUGCGUGAGAGGCUGGAUUACAAAGCCCGUGAGAAUGCAUUGGAAGCUCAAUACCUUCUGUGCUAUACGCUCGGCGCCUUGCUCGACGUCGCGCUAGAUAUCAAAGCAUCCGAAAUCGACAAAAAUUCUCUACGAGACCCACUUCUCAAACUACUUGCAGACUUGAAGGACCAUGAGGAGCCACGCUUGGCUCAAGCGGCAGUCUACGCGUACCAAGCGCUCAAAGGUAUUUCAGACAACCAAGGUCCCUGGGACAUCUUCUGGAGCAACAGCGGGAAGGUCAUUGCAGUGGCUGCAAGAACUGCCGGGGCUGUCUCAGCCAUGAAUCUGGAAAAACUACUGGACGCGGGACCAGACUUGAUGGAACUAUUUGAAUUCUUGAAAAGAAUCUAUGACGGGGGCAGAGAACUAGUUGAAGCUAGGAAGAAGAUGGAUGAAGUGUUUGUUGAGAACAUCCGAAGACUUCCACAUCAAAGGCUCUGGUAUGGCAUACUUCGGUACACUAGUAUGCUUAUCAUCGCCGGCGGCAGCUCAUUUGACACCCUUGAACUUAUGUUACCUAAGAUUCCCUGUGGGGAUAGCUGGCAGUUCUGGUGCGGAUUAUAUGCCCAACUUGAACAAGGCUUCUUGUUGGGAGGUCAACGGAAAAUGGAUCGGAUCAUCCGAGUUGUCAACGCAACAUUCGACUUGAAAUCCUUGCAGGAAACGAAGGCAAAGAAUUUGCGUGUUCAGCAGUGGAUCAACCUGAUUUCAGAGACGUUUGAUCAGAAAGGAUGGGAACACCCCUUACCAAGAGCCCGGAAAUCCUUUCCGCUAUGCUUUAUAAAGAAACCAAAGAGCGAACCGCAAGUGAGAAAGCCUUUCGACCCGAAAACGACAGGAGCCAUCGGGGGUAGUUUGUUAGAAGAUGCGUGGCGCGAGUGCAUAGAAGCGCAAAGAUUUUAUGCUGAUGCGGCAUUGACCGAAUACUACCUGGAGCAGAAUCGGCUCAAAAUACUACGCCUCUCAAACGACAUUUUAGAUAUUGCAAACUGUUACAUCAACCUUGGCAUCGUAGAACCUUUUCAAGAACGACAAAACCAGGAAGCCUUCGAAGUUUCCCUCAAGAAGCGUCUGAAAGUUGAAGCUCCGCCCGAGGGGAAGGCGAUCGCAUUACAAGAUCUCUAUGAUAUUCGCGAACUGAGAAGCCACCGAGGUUCGCAAAACAACCAGUUGAAAGCUCCAAAACGCAUCCUGAUAAGAGGUCGUGCUGGGGUGGGAAAGACAACCCUAUGCAAAAAGAUUGUUCACGACUUCAUCAACGCCGAAUUUCCUCGGUGGAACUUCGAGCGAGUGCUUUGGAUACCAUUACGCAAGCUUAAAGACAAGCCUAGUCUAGAUCAGUUUCUGUUUCAUGAGGUUUGGUCAAAUCAUCCGGAGAAAGACCACUUCAUCUCCAGUCUACUGGGUACAACUUUUCACCAUACAGACAACAGAACUCUGUUGCUGCUGGACGGCUUCGAUGAAAUUGUUGGUGUGAAGACUCCUAGUGGGGAUCUUGCCAAAUCUCAGCAGAUACUUGAUCUUCUCAACUACCCGAAUGUCAUCGUUACUUCCAGGCCGCAUGCAAGAUUUGAUAAAUCGAUUUAUGACUUUGAUCUCGAGCUUGAGACGACUGGCUUUCGCUCCGAGCAAGUAGAAGCCUACGUGGACCAAAUUGUCGGCUGCGUUGGCAAGGACGAAAAAUCUGCAACGGAGAUCAAGCAUUUCAUCAACAGUCACUGGUUGAUAAAAAGUCUUCUCCAGAUUCCUAUUCAGUUGGAUGCGCUAUGCUUCGCUUGGAACGAGAGACUCCUAUCGCAGAACAUUAGAACCAUGACUGCCUUGUAUCAGGCAAUCGAAGUCAGAUUAUGGAAAAAAGACAUGGUUCUUCUGGGAAAGUUGAGUGAAAGUGAGGGUGGUAAUAUCUACCUCCGGUCUCAAAUUGAACACAACAUGCAUGACCAUAUCGAGUUGAUCCAGAAUCUUGCUUUUACUGGCCUAUACAACAACAUUGUUGAGUUCACACAUGAACAUCGAAUAACAUCAUACGCGAUAUUACCUGGCUUGGCGGAUAAAUCAGAUAACUUGCUCAACGAGCUCUCAUUUCUCCGGACCGCUCAUUCCGCGGACAAUCACCAACCCCAAACCUACCACUUCAUCCAUUUAACUUUUCAAGAGUUCUUCGCUGCUCAUUACUUUGUGCACUGUUGGCUGACUGAUACACCGCUGGCUUGCAUUGAGAUGAAUUCGGCCGAGUGUCGUUAUCUGGAUGCAAAACACUUUAUACAACGCGAGAAGUAUAACGGUCGCUACAGUGUCAUGUGGCGAUUUACAGCCGGACUUCUCUAUGACAGCAAGAAUCAAGAAAGGCUCACUCAAUUCAUGCAAGUACUGGAUAGCGAGCCAAAGGACUUACUUGGGCUUGCACAUCCUCGCGUCUUGAUGCAUUGUUUUAGUGAGAUGACACCUUUUCUUCUCAGCCCUGCUCUGCAGCGAAUAAAGCAAACUAUGGAGGAAGAGCUACUGGCUGCUUGGGAGGCACACAGUGAUUUUUUCGCCAUUAAAUUGUGUCACGAAAUGGAAUUUCCAGAGCAUUUGCUAGAGCACAUCCUGGAUGAUGGACGGGAUGUAAACCGCAUGACGAGAGUUCUUUAUGAUUUGUCGAGACGUGCUCAGGUGUCAUCGUCACUUGUCCAGAAGGUGGCAGAGCUUGUGCACUCCAGCAACCCUCAAGAAAUAGUAGGUUAUGCUCUUUCUGUCUUAACCAUGCAUAAUAAAGUCUGGUCAGAUCCUCUGUUACAGAUGAUGGAGUGUGCAGGACCGUGGACAGCGCCAAAUUUUUAUAUGCUUACGGACUGGAAUGGGGCACCUGAAUGUUUCAUAAAUACAUUGCUAGCCCGGACCGCAGCAACAGAAACUUCAGUGGCAGAAUCAGCGAAAAUAAUACUAUGGCAGCGCAAUCUAUCGAAGGCAAGUAUUACGAAGCUCGUAUCGCUGCUGAAGGCUCGACAACCAUCACUGAGGAAGUUUGCGGCGACAAUACUUGGGAGACAUUUGUCUACCAACAUCGAGAUCAUCCCGAGUCUGAUGGCUCUCCAGGACGAUGAUGAUCGAGACGUGAGGCUGGAGGUCAUCUUAGCUUGCUUCAGACUCUCUGACAGGACCUUUGUUUUAGAUACCUUACGAAGGGCUCUGAGUGAUGAUGAUGCAAGUAUUCGAGAGCGUUCUGUACACGUCCUGGGGUAUCAAGAAUCUUUGCCACGCAAUAUCUUGGACACUCUGGAAUAUCGUAUGAGGAAUGAGGAGGACGAUGUAUUGAAGAUAAAAACCAUGGAGUUGUGGAGCAAACAUUGCGCCAGCUCGGAGCACAUUGUUGAAGCUGCGGUUCCGUUCCUUGACAACGAGCACUCCCCCGAAGUCAGGAUCGCAGCUGCAAAAGCCAUCGGGCGUCAACGAAUUCCCGAGUCUUGGAUGCGAUAUCUCAUGUCCAUUCUCGAAGAUACAGACUCGGAGAAACAGAAUCUUGUAUUACAGAUUCUUCAAGUAUAUUCCCAGCACGCUGAUCUCUCAGACGAAGCUUUGGAAGUAUUGCUUGGAUUCUGGGGCCACGAUGAUGACGUGACGGGAGAUCUUGUCCAAAAUAUCCUUCUAUGCUAUCAUGACUUGAGUGACGACAUUCUGAAAUCUUUGAUCCUUUUCUUGGGUCAUUCAAACAAACAACUAGAGCUUCGGGCAUGUCAUAUACUCGCCAAUCAGUCUCGGUUGCCGAAGUAUGCCACGGGGCCCAUCUCGGCUCUGUUGGCUGACCUAUAUCUGGAUCACAAGACUACGGGCUUUGUGCUAGAGACUUUGACUAAGGAACCGGAACUAUCGGAAGGUAUCCUGAAGUCCGUGGUCCGGAUCCUGGCGACUGGGAGUGCGGGGUUUGGGCUCACUGCCGUCAAGUGUCUCAAAUCGCAAAGGCAUCUCAGUCAAGGAGUCUUGCAAGCCAUGCUUUCGGUCCUCACACGGUCCACGGCUGGAAAUCUUGAGGAAGUUAUCCGAACGCGGGAUGAAUUCGACAGAGUGCUUCGGGAUCUCGAUGGCAAGCAUUGGGGAUUUCUGUUCGAGGUCUGGUUCAAGGAAAGCCUGGAUCACGGAUGGACCUGUUCCCUUGAUGGAGAGGCACUUCGGGUUACCACUCACGAGCGUGCUUACGGCAUCAAUUUGUCAACCCCUCUCCAGCGGGAGACUGUCGUGAACGCGGCGAAGGCGGCUAGAGCUCGUAUACUGAAUGGUUCUGGUUCGGAGAGGGAAAAAUCCCCUAGCUACCUAGAUGAGGGUUCUGACUCAUAUAGCGAUUUCGACUCAGAGAUCGAGGACUAACAUUAUGAGCCGUCCUGUUGACCUUGGUAGAUCAUACACGCUGACGAAAUUCUCCGAGAUAAGACAAUUUGACUGCAUUUGAAGCAUAUGGGACAAACCCAGGUUCAAACCGAAGGGUCAUCUCAGGAGCUCUUUAGAGAGUGAUUUUAUGUCCAAUCUCGACGCUCAGCAUCACUAUCAUGAGACGAUGCGUCUCAUUCAAGGGCUGUUGAAGGGCCUCGAAAUACGCUGUCAGCCGACGUGUAAGAUACGACCCGGGCUUUGCUAUGCCUAGUAUGCGUCCGCAAUCUCUGAUAUGCGCGGUUCUCGUGCCAUAAGAGCCACCAGAAACCCAGUCUUUACCGAACAAGGAGACAGAAGUUGACACCAGCUGGGUGAAUUAAGAUUGACUAAAAAGAAGACAACAGUGUCAUGUUAGUUGUUUUGGUACUCUUCGCAGCCAUUGC